AAAUGCAAAAGAUAAGACUGGCCAGAGGUGGAACGUAUUUUUCUUUGUCUGUGGCUUGUUUUUCCUCGAUUUCAGUCACUUAGCUAAACCUUAGUCUCGACGACGUGUUUAGCAUUAGCCACACUACGGAGUCAAACAUCAGUUUUUCGAGUCUUACCACUCGUUGAAGUUUUGCGACCUACUUUAGCCUAGCCUAGCCUAGCUGACCAACUGCUAACAAAGCUGCAAGGCACGUUGUCAAGAUUUCAGAAAUCAAGUAAGGAAAAUGUCAUUGAGAACGACACCGGCUGCAGUUAAGUUCCAGGAGGAACUUUGUGGGGUAAAAGAGGAGCCCCCUCGUCAGCAACCCUCGACGGUGUGCAAAAUAAUGCACGCAAAGGUUGUUCUUCACAGACUAGAAGAUCUAUAUGUCAGCCAAGCCCAUCGUCCUGAGGACCAAGAGUCUGCACGCAUCAAGGAGGAGGAAGAGUCCGGACCCAUCCAAGGUUUCAGCAAAUAUCUUGGUCCUGACGCUCAACAGCUAAAGAGAGAAGUACAACUUCCAAUCAAAAAGGAGGAGGUAGAGCUGCCAUACAUUAAAGACGAGGACAAUAUCACCUGGUCGACUGGUGAGCCCUUGAAGAGUAAAGAUGGUCCGAGUGAGGCUGGCAGAGGGGCGGAGCCUCCAAGCGGCAGCAGCUCAACAGAAGGAUCGCAAGCACACAUUUUCAUCGCACCAUCAGGUGGAAAUGGCCCAACGUCACACUCACCUUACAAAGACGAUGGUCAUAAGAAACCUCACCAUGGGAAAACCUUUACUAAUAACUAUACUUGUCGUAUGCAUAUGAGGAGCCACACUGGCGAAAAACAUUUUUCCUGCUCAGUUUGUGGUCGAGGUUUCGCUAAAAAGCAUAACUUACAAACACACAUAAGAACGCACAUCGGAGAAAACCAUAUUUCCUGCUCAAUUUGUGGCCAGAAAUUCAGUCACAAGAACAACUUAAAAAUACACGCAAGAACCCACACUGGCGAAAAACCUUUUUCCUGCUCAGAUUGUGGUCGAGGAUUCCGUCAUCAGAGUUCCUUGAAAGUACACACAAGAACUCACACUGGCGAAAAACCUUUUACCUGCUCAGUUUGUGGUCAAGGAUUCAGUCGUAAGGGUGCCUUAAAAGAACACGCAAGAAUUCACACUGGCGAAAAACCUUUUUCCUGCUCAUUUUGUGGUCAAAGAUUCCGUCAUCGGUGUGCCUUAAAAGUACACACAAGAACUCACACUGGCGAAAAACCUUUUUCCUGCUCAUUUUGUGGUCAAGGAUUCAGUCAUCAGAGUGUCUUAAAAGUGCACACAAGAACCCACACUGGCGAAAACCCCUUUUCCUGCUUAGUUUGUGGUCAAGGAUUCACCCAAAGUCACCACUUAAAAGUACACAUAAGAACACACACUGGUGAAAAACCUUUUUCCUGCUCAGUUUGUGGUAAAACAUUCAUUAAGAAGAACAACUUAAAUCGACACACAGGAACCCACACGAGUAAAAAACCUUUUUCCUGCUCAGUUUGUGGACGAGGAUUCGCUCAAAUUGAGCACUUACAAACACACACAAGAACCCACACUGGCGAAAAACCUUUUUCCUGCUCAGUUUGUGGACGAGGAUUCACUCAAAUUCAAAACUUAAAAGCACACAUAAGAACCCACACUGGCGAAAAACCUUUCUCCUGUUCAGUUUGUGGUAAAAAAUUCGCUCACAAGUAUCAGAUUAAGAAACACGUGUGUAUUGGUGUGAGAAGCAGUGGCCAAUGACUGUUUUGCCUGUCAUCCAUGCUGCCUUCAUCACAUUGUGCACGCAGGCCAAUUGUAGUAUGUAGUGUUUCCUUAAAUACUGUUGAGGAUUGGCAGUAUUGGUGCCUUACAUGUGCUUUGUACAAUCCUUGUAUGAUGUGGAUCGACAGUAUUGCCAAAAGUAUUGGCUCACCUGAUUUAAUGCUCAAGUUGAGUGGCAUUAUUUAUACAAUACUCUUCCUCUUUCAAACUACACUUUUCACAGCUAAUAUUUGAAAAAGUAGACCCCCAAAUUACAAAAAUUCUAAAUCCUUUAUCAAUAAUUACAGAAAUAUGGAAAAUUAUGAUUGGCUCAUAAAUAAGUUUUUUGGGGGAGGUGUGAUUACAUAUAAUUUAAAAAGUUAUGAUUACUACUCUUGACUGACAGUGACAUGACAGAGUAUUGGGACCAAAUUAAGGGAGGGAUAAAAAUGACUACGAGAUUGUAGUUGUACUCUUACUAAAAGAAAAAAAGUUGUAUUAUUACUUAGGGGUAAUGCAGCUGAAUAACGGCCUAUACACUUACAGUAACGUACCUUAGCAGGGAGCUCCGACAAAGCAUCAGUAAAAUCCUUCCAUUGAUUAUAAUUUGAUUUAGAUGAGCUAAAAGUUAACGGAUUUCCUUAUUUUGGAAACUGAUUCUUAAACACAGCUUCAUGAGAUGCUUUCAUUAUCGUUGAUUUUGGUGGAGGCGGCAAAGCGCUACAGAAAGUACAUGGCUGCUUCUUCAGCUACAUUACCCCUACGUAAUAGUGUUGUAUCGGUCGCGAACGAUUCGUUCUUUUUGAACGAAUUGUUUGGGUGAACGAGACCGAACUAAUCACCAUCUGCACUGAUUCGUUCUAUGAGGUUGGUGCUUGUUCGCUGCGUGGGAGGGCGUUGAGCAAGCGGCAGCGUCUUCUGACAUCGCACACGACCAAUCGGACGCCAACCUCAUCUCGGGCAGGGGAGGGAGCGGAAAAAGAAUCAGGGCGUCUGUCACUCACUUCCACGUGUAGCCAAUAAGCAGCCAGCGUGCAGGCAGGAGGGCAAGACUGAGUUAUGUCACUUCCCGUUCAGUGACUCGGUCCUCCGGAGGCUCCGGUUCCUGACCUAGCUUGCUGCUAACUUGACUUUGCAGUAAUGCGGUAAAAGAGUCAAAAAAUGAAAGGAAAUGACUUUGUCACAUAUUUGUUAAUGUGGAGCCUAUCAAAUGCUGCUCAAACAGACAAAAACACCACACAAACCUAGCGAGCAUGGUUUAGUGUACUACUUUUCUCAACAGACUCGGGACUACAUACUAUCCAAUUUACAGUAGUUUAAAACACUUUCGCGGGUAGCUACGAGGCAAGCAAAAGCUGAGCUGCGGUCGCGUGAUGGCAGUGCGGGGGGAGAAAACUGUCAUUGUAUGGAGGCUUCACGGCAGCGAUAUUUACCUCGUGCACAGAAAAAAAUAUUUAGUAUGAUCCCCAUAAUACUGAUUAUGAAACUGUAUAUACAUGUCAAUUUUUUCCGACUGUUUUAUUUUCUUUCGUGUCAGAGUGUGUCGGGUGUUAGUUGGUUUGACAAAUUAUGUCCAUCCGUCUAUCAUGUGCUACUCAAGCGCCCAAAAACAACGCACGCGGACACGGGAGAUGUCACAAUAUGUCUACAUUUUUCUUAACAGACUAAUGAGAGUAGAAAGGCAACUUCGUAAAGAGCAAACAAUUAUUUCUCGUCAGCAUUUGACGAUCUGAGAUGAGGGGACGACAGGGGAGCUGACCGGAUUAUUUUAUCUGUUAAUACCAGUGCAAAAAUUCAAUACGAUCAUCUUAAUACUGACUUGCAAUUAAACUGUCAAAUAUCAAAGUGUAGUAUUGUUUUUAUUUCAGAGCAGCAACAUUUGACAACUAGCUAUUUACACUUUAGUUUUAACAAUAGUGACCAAAAAUAAUAGUGAUGAGCAUAAAAACUAAACUACAACAGAGCGAGAGGUAAAUAUGAUGUGUUGGUCGUUCCAUAUUUAGAAAUUAAACUUUCGAUUUAUUUUUAUUUUCGUGACAGCAAGCAUGCCGCGUUGGCUGGUAGCAGCAGCAUUGUAUAUGUGAUCAAGAUCAUGCUAAAGAAAGUCCAUGCGCCCCCGACCCCAAAACCCCACUCCCCCUACAAAAGGAAAAUGUUUAACCGUGUCCUAAAUCGAAAUGCAAGCACGAGCCAUGACUUUGAUCCCAUUGAACUAGGACAGACGACGCGGAAGUUCUCCCUCGCUUUUGCAGCAGCGGGAGGGAGACGAGGCUGUUUGUGAAAGCAGAAUGAUAUCGCCUGUCACUCAUUUCUGAAACUACGACGAGUGGUCAAUGUAUGCAAGAGAGGGAGGGACCAAGUAAUGUCACUUCCCGUUCAGUUAUACUGCGAAGCGGUCUUUGGUGAUUCGUUCGGCAACGUCACUUCCCGUUCACUAACCGAACGAUUCAUUUGGGCGGGGAGGGAUAUGAAGAGGGCGAACGAUUCGUUGAACGAUUUGUUUGAACGAAUCUUUUUACUGAACGAACCGGAAUGGAUUCGUUUACUCAAGUGAACGACAGAUCCCGUCACUGCUACGUAACAGGAGGACUUUUUUUCCCUCAUAGUAACAGAACGACAAUAAUCUCUGAGUCCUCUUUUCUUUAUUUUGGACUAAUACUUUGUCGAACAAAUCGGACAAUGAUGAUUAAAAUUGUUUGAGCUUUUAAUCAUUCCGGCCCCCAUCAAUGAAAAUCUUCACUCUGCUUUGAAUUUUAAAGUGCUUGUACUUCACUGUGCUUGUUAAUUUUAUUCAUUAUAAAGAACUCAGUCUUAGCCUCCUCUUCCCUUUGUUCAGAGCAAGCCUAAUUAUAAUAACUCAAAACUAGGGUUGUAACUAAAACCGAUACUUUGUUUCCAAGUUGAUUUUAAGAUUCAGAAAAUGUGACGGUACAGCCUUUUCUGCAAUACCCGAAGUAUCGCCGGUACCGACGCGGCAGAUCUAGCCGCUUCGUUUGUGUGGCAUACGAGGCUGCAGAAGUUGCCCGACAAGCGGUCAAUUACACCGCUCAAAUGGGGGUUGUAAAUGAGCGGUUAUAUGGCAACCCACGCUGUGCUAAAGAACGAGAAAAACAGUCAAUGUACGGAACAUGGCAGUGACGUGUAUUUACGUUUCUUUUUGUAUUUUACUUUUUUUUUUUAACACCUAAGCCUAUCUUUUUUCCAAAUAUGCAUACCUUUGAUGUUGCCUUUAUAUUUCAAAGGAAAAAAAUCUAAAUUACCAGAUUGGGUCACUUUUUUAGGACACCAUAACCUUCAUGUCCAAACUGUUGUUUUCUUCAACCAAUUAUAAUCAACAUUUUGGACCCAAAAAGACAAAAAUCUAAACAUUUUUGUCAAAAUUUGUAGUAUUGAUGUCCCAUUGACAACCAAAUAUGAUCGACGAAACGUUUUUAAGCAUGAUAUUUAUUCAACUUGUUAGGAUAAACAUUCAACAGAAAAAAAUGAGACUGAAUAGUUUUAUAUUCGAUAAUUCAACAAAAAAAGCAGGUAUUGUCAAAGGUAAGAGUGCAAAAUAGUGGCUAUAUAUAUAUAAAAAUAUCUAUCAUACGCAGUAUGUAAUACAUUAUAUACGUGUUUAAAUAUAAACUACAAUAUAAAAUUUGUUAGAUACUUUGCCAUUUAAUGUGCAAAACAGGCGAUAAAAUGAAAACUAUAUUCAUUUUUUAGUCUUUGAUUCUUCAGAAGCCCUGCCAGUGGCAGUUCUUCUCUGGGUGGAGACAAAGGCCCACAUUGCAUAUCUCACACAUCCAGGCAGUUCUCCUCUGCAGAGUUGGGGCCCCAUGCUGGCCCUGCGAUUUCGGUCUAUGACCACACUGGAAUCUCCAGCUCCAGCAUCUCCACAGCCCUCUCCAAGAAAUUGUCAGGUAGAAGACGAGGACUUAUUUCAUAGCACAUACAUAGUAUAUCUGUUUCUCAUCACAACACAAACUGUUGCAAAGUAGUAGCAGGGGUGAAAGUGGCUAGGAAUUUCUUGCCGGAACUUUUUUUUUUUUUUUUUUAAGGGGAGAUGGGGUUCAAACCUCGGAAAACCACUUAAAUGCAGAUAAAACUGCUUUUGCCACAGUUAUUCCUAUAACACAAACACAUUUUCAUUCAGAAUUGUAUUUUUUUUCCAAUGAUUUACAAAAAUAAAAGUUAACAGAACAAGCAGUAACCCUAACCCCAAAUCUCCUAAUUUCUCCCCACACAUUUCCUAAAUACAAAACCUCUAUUUUAACUACUUAAGAACAUUAGAUAUUUAAUAAAAUAGCUUACCGUACGUAGCAUGUCACCUUGCUCAUUAAUAUUCAUGACAUUAGCAACUGUUGCUAGGAGGGGGUCAAACAUGCAUUUGUCCCUCAUGCUAGAUGUUGCAUGUCGUUUUUGUUGUUGUACAAUGUUUUACGAUAGUAUUGUUUCCUACAUACCCUUAUGAUAUUGGUCAGUUUAUUUUUAUAUUUUUUUCUGCCUUUGUAGUUCUGUGUUUUAUGAAUUCUCUAUACAGUGUAUUUUUCUUCUUAAAAGUGUUUUGUAAUCGCUUCGUGAACCAUGGUAAAGCUUUGUACUUUUGUUUUCUGCUGUACCGUUGUAUUGGACAGUUUUUAUCAUAUAAUAAUGUGAAUAUAUUAAAAAAUGUUUCUUAUACAUGUCACUUCCAUUACAUACGUUUUCCUAAUUUUGUGCCAGUAAAUCUAUUUUGAAUGAGUCCAGAGUUUCCUCUGUCCUCACUCGCCUGUACUCGACAUUGUGCUCUGGCAAAUUUCUUAGCUGGGUGCUGUAAUAAACUGUAAAAACUGGUAGGUGAUCACAAAUAUUUUUAAUCAACAGUCCGCUUACUGGAUUACUUUCAUUGUCAUUGGUGAAUAUAUUAUCUAUUAAAGUAGCACUGUGGGAUGUGAUUUGACUCGGUCUGGUAAUUUUUGGAUACAAACUCAUACUGUACAUGGCAUUGAUAAA